CUCGGUACUCCAAGGGAACGCUUAACGUCGUAGGUUUCAAAGUUUAGAUUGUUUGUGAAAGAUUCACCUCGAUAAUGUCGGAUAUAACUGUAUCAAAGGGAGGUAAAGCAACAUUUUCCUGCGAGCUACCUGACGAAUCGUACAUCGGAUCAUGGAAUCAUGAAGGAAAGAAACUUGCCCACGAUGGAUCUCGAGUACUUAUAACACAAAAUAAAGCAAAACAUAGUUUGGUAAUUACAAAGACCAAUACUACUGAUGCUGGUGAAAUUACCUUUGAAACCACGAAAGGCGGCGUUAAGGUUCCGUUCAAGCUCAUUGUGACCGAACCUCCUUCGAUUGAUCCUGUGGAGUUUGAGAAAUGUGCAAAGGCAUUAGAAGGAUUGCAAAGCGGUGGCAAGUUGGUGCUAAAGGUUCCUUUCAGUGGUGCAUCCCCUAUCACUGCUUCAUGGAAGUUUAAUGAAAAGAUUAUCAAGACUUCUUCAAGAUGUACAAUCACAACUACUUCUGAUUCGAGCACUCUGACGCUCACUGAAUUCAAUGCCGAUGAUUGUGGAACUUAUGAGGUUACACUAAAAAAUGUUCAUGGUGAAAUCAAAGUACCAGUUGAGGUAACUUUAUCUGAUGUAUCCGAAAUUAAAUUUGAAACGGUUCAACAGCCAGGAAGCACUACGACAAAAUCUCAAACUAUUACUAUUGAACAAGAGCAAACCGAAGUUAUGGAGGCUCCUUCUAAACCUGGGGGAAGUAUCAAGUUUGACAACAUGUCAGCAAAUAGAUUUACUAUUGGUCUGACUGUCGGUGCUGGAGCCAACGUUACAAAUUAUAUCGUGGAGAAAUGCGAGUCUGGAAAGAGUGAUUGGCAAGAAGCAGGAACCUUUCCAGCAACCGAAAAGUCAUUUGUUAUCACUGAUCUGCCAGUAGGCAAGAGAUACAUGUUUCGCGUUCGAGCUACGAACAAGUUGGGAGUUAGUGAGCCGUUGGAAUCCCGUGCUGUCAAUGUUCAACCACCGUCUAAUCCCCCUGAUAUGGACGCUGCAGUUUUGGAAAAGCUAAAAAGCGAGCAGUUACCCAAAGCUGGAAAAGAUUUCAAACUGAAGAUACCAUACGUUGGACACCCUCUGCCAAUCGCAGUGUGGUCAAAAGAUGGCAAAAAGUUGAACACUAAAGGCAGAAUUUCAGCCGAAACGACUGACAACGCAACAACUUUCACAAUAACCGGAGUUGGGGCUGAAGACUCCGGAGAAUACAAUUUGCUAUUGAAAAACAAGGCCGGUAGUAACACGGUUGGAUUUAAGAUGACAGUUAUAGAUGCACCAUCUCAGCCCAUUGGCCCCAUUGAUUUUGACCUGGUAACUGGUACCGAUGCAUCUUUUUCGUGGAAUCCACCUAAAUCUGAUGGCGGUCGUCCCAUCACUGGAUAUGAAAUUGAAAAGAAAGACACAAAAUCGCCAAAUUGGUCCCCCGCGACAAAGGUUGGACCAGAUGAAACAACAUGUACGGUUGAAGGGUUAACAACAGGCGUAAAAUAUACUUUCCGGGUAAAAGCGAUGAACCAAGAAGGAGAGAGCAAACCACUUAUUUCCCAGCCGGUACUUGCUUCAGGUCCUCCGGGUUCUCCAGGUGCCCCAAGUCCAGGCAAAGUAACAUCGAGCAGUAUUUCUCUAACUUGGGAUCAGCCUAAAAGCGAUGGCGGAAGUCCUGUGACGUCAUACGUAAUGGAGAUGAAAGAAGAUAACGGUGACUGGGAAAAGGUUCCACACAAAUCCGUUGAAAAUCUCUGCGCGUCAAUUAAAAACUUGAAAGAAGAUUCGAGCUACAAGUUUCGCGUUGCUGCUGUCAAUUCAUCAGGCCAGGGUCGAUUCAUAGAGACGGAUAAACCAAUCGUAGCUAUGGAUGCUCCAGAGCCACCGGUGAUCGAAGAGGCUUUGAAAGCCACUUUAGCUGAGCCUCACAAUUCGAAGGCAGGAGAAGAUGUUGUUUUGAAAGUUCCGUUCACUGGACGACCCAAGCCUGUUGCUACUUGGCAAAAGGAUGGAGUUGAUCUCGAGUUUCCAGAGGGCGACACAACCAAAGAAUCUGUUGUGGAGAAGGGAUCUGUGACCUUAACUCUUCGUGGAGUCAAGAGAUCGGAAACUGGCGCUUAUAAUGUGAAACUGACAAACACCGAGGGAGAAACAGAAGCUAAACUCAACUUAGUUGUAAAAUCUGCUCCUGGAAAUCCAACCGACAUGAAAGUUCUCAAAGCUUCAUCCAAAGCAAUUACUGUUGGAUGGAAGGCGCCAGAAGACGACGGAGGAACUAAAAUUACACAGUAUGUCAUGGAGAAAAAAGACGAUGGAAAAGAAGUCGAAUGGACGAGAGCAGGAAAAAUUCUUCCGGGAGAAAAGUUGCAAUUUGUUGCUGACCACGUAGAAAAGGGAACUUCCUAUGCUUUCAGAGUCAGUGCAUUUAAUCAGUUGGGAAACAGUGGAUAUUUAGAAUCUGAGUUCAUUCUUGCUGAUGACAAAUAUAAACCUCCUGGUCAACCUGGGGUACCACAAAUCACAGACAUCAAAAACAACUCCUGUGUACUUAGCUGGACAGAACCAACUGAUGACGGUGGCAGUCUAAUCAACGGAUAUCUUAUUGAACUGAGGAAACAGAACAGACGCAAUUGGGUAUCAGUUAAUGAAUUUGAUCUGACUCUGAAAAACUCUGGAUAUACUGUCAAUAAACUUCAAGAAGGUUCAGAAUAUUCAUUCAGAGUCACCGCUCAUAACGAAGGAGGAAAUGGGACACCAGGGUUGCCUUCACAGAAAAUUGUAGCCAGAGAUCCUGUCCCACCUCCGCCUCCAGUUACCGGUGUAAAAGUGACAGAUAUGACCGACAACAGCGUUUCAUUGGAAUGGGAUACUCCGGAAGAUCUCACCAAAUACGCGUUCAAUGGAUACGUAGUUGAGAAAUGCAAAGAGGGAACUACGAACUGGAUGGCAUGCAAUGAUUAUCCUAUCAGGACAAACAAGUACAUGAUUACUCGCAUGUUUCCCGGUGACCGAUACAGUUUCCGUGUGAGAGGAAUCAACGAUGGAGGAUAUGGAGAUGCACACGCUCUCGAAUUUAUGGAGGUCAGGCAAUUACAAGAAAAGCCUAGCAUCAAAGUCGACAAGUCUCUUCAAGAAACUGGAAUUGAUCUCCAUGCUAACAAUACUGUUAGAAUUGUGGCUAGCGUCAGCGGUAAACCAACCCCACUGAUUCGCUGGAUCAAGGACGACACUGACCUCGACAGAAGAUGCGCCAUAACGACUCAAGAUGGAGUUUCACAGAUGAUUAUGAGAAACGUUACAAAAGCUGACUCUGGCGUGUAUAAAAUCACAGCAACUAAUUCAAGCGGAACUAUUGAAAUCCCAAUUAAGAUUUCAGUACGAGACACCCCGGAUCCACCGUCUCAUAUUACUAUCGGUGAUCUAACAGAAGAUGGACAAUUGGAAAUAAAGUGGAAGCCACCUGCAAAUGAUGGUGGACACCCUAUCAAACAUUACUGUUUACAGAUGAGAGACGCCUACUCCAGAUCGUUCCAGACCGUUCAGGACAAAAUCAAAGGAACAUCCUACGUCAUGAAACACCUGAAACCGGGUUUUACUUACUACUUUAGAGUCAUUGCUGAAAACGAACUGGGACGAGGCGAUGGAGAUCAGUCUAACCUAGUUACAGUUGUACAGAGAAGAGGACCGCUUAAAAUCGAGAAGACAGACUACAGAUCAGUUAAACUUCAAAAACCAGCACAGUUCCAUCUUUCGCUCAAGCCUAUUUCAGUGAGCGAGCACAGUACAGCUCGCUUUACUUGUGCUGUGGGAGGACUCCCCGAGCCAGAAGUUACUUGGUACAAAGAGGAUUACCGCAUCAAGCCUAACAACAAGUACUCCAUAAAAAACAGUUAUGGUGUUUGUACGCUUACUGUUCACGAUUGUCGACCGCGUGAUGCAGGAAUGUACCGGUGCGUCGCACAGAAUCCUUCUGGCAAAGCAAGUGCGGAAGCAAAUCUCAACAUCAAGCAUGAUCUCAAAUAUUGAAAUCCACACCAUGCUACCAUAUAGUUUGAUUUGAUAUUAUAUAAUUACGUGUUUCAUUCUGUGGUUAUUUUUGUUUCAAUGUUUAUGUUAUAUUGUGUAGACUUGAAAAAGGUAAUGAAAUUUGCCUAAUACGAACUGAAUUACUAAAUAAA